AUGAGUGCCAUACAGAAAACCAAGGUGCCGCUCCCGGGCUCCAAGCCCAAGUCAAAACAUCAGAACACCCCGUCGAAAGCGCAAUUAAGCCAGGAAUUUGUCGACAGCGACGAUGAUUCUCCCAGUGAGACCGCCGCGCAGUCCAAGAAGCCCGAGAAGCCGAAAGCCACCAUUGGCAUUCACGUGAACGGCGUACCCAAAGCGAAGUCCAAGCCUAGCAAGAAAGACGUACCUGCCCCCAAAUCAGCCUCCAAGUCGAAGGUUACGCCUAAGAAGCCUGCGCCCAAGCAAAUCGCGACACAGGAGGACGCCGAAGAAUUGUCAAGCUCAGAGAUAAGCGGCGACGACGCGCCGACGAGAGACAUACAGACGAAGCUCCCAGGUAACACGCAGAGCAAGAAAGCUUCGAGCGACAGCGACGACACCAGCAGCGGAGACAGCUCUAGCGACGACUCGGACACAGGCAACGCCCCGCAACCGACCCGCAAGUCGACCCAAACACAGCCGGCACCGCCAGUGCAACCACAAUCGCAUGCCGUUGAUUUCCGACCGACCCAGGCUUACGCACCCCCCAAAGGAUUUGCUCCAGUCCCAGUCAACGACAGGACUAUCUCCAAGUCGACGGGCUUGUUCGAUAAUCUAGAAGGAAAGCAGAUAUGGCACAUCACUGCUCCCGCAGGUGUCUCGCUGAAGGACUUGAGCGAGCUCGCCAUGGAUAAAGCUAUGAAAGGGGAUGCCGUACUGAGCUACAAGGGUACAGACUACGGUUUCUCUCAGACGGAGAGUGAUGAGGGCACCCGGGAGGUUCUAUUACCACGGAACAAUGGCAUGAAAUCAGCAGACCAAAACACGGGCUCAGAAGCGGCCGCCUCCAUAACGCGAUCGACCAUUCGUGCACCACGACCACAAGUCACAGGACUGAAGAUGCGCUUCCUUCCCACCGGCUUCAGCGGUAACGACGCUGGGACUAUCGGUGAUUCCGAUGACGAGACUGAGGUACCGCAAGCGAUUGCUGGGCUUGCGAUGCCGAACGGACUCAAUUUACCCUCCAAAAAGCCGAAGAGGAAACACGCCGAUGUCAAUGGUGUUGAUGCACCUGAAGUGCCGGCGAAGAAGACCAAAAAGCAACGGGAUCCUGAGGAGAUCAAGAGGAAAGAGGAAAAGAAAGCAAGGAAAGAGAAGAAGCGUGCAAAGGAAGCGGCUACGGCCUGA